AAGUUUGAACCUCUUUACUCACAAAGUUUCCUUCCCCUUCCAUCUUUGCUUUUCACUUCCAUUUCCAUGGACGUGGACCCACAAAAACCCCUUGUCUCUCCCAUCAUUGUCAACUCCGCCGCUUCCUCAUCUUCCCCCGAUCAAUCUUCACCUCCACCACCCAAACCACGCGCCAAAAAGAGGGCCGCUGCUAGUGGAUACCGCGGAGUACGCAUGCGCCAAUGGGGCAAAUGGGUCUCUGAAAUUAGAGAGCCCAAGAAGAGGAACAGAAUCUGGCUCGGAACUUACGCCACUGCUGAAAUGGCGGCUCGAGCCCACGACGCCGCGGCUCUAGCAAUCAAAGGCCGCGCUGUACAAGCCGCCGCUGCCAAGGCAGCCGCAUUGGAUUACUUUCCAAGCCAUGAAGCCGUAGCCAAUCCCAGCCGAAUCGUGUCCGCGUCGUCCUCAUCAUCCUCCUCAUCCUCUUCCUCCCACCCUAAGGACAAGGAAGAAUCACCGAAUUCAUCGAUGGACAAGGAUGAUGACAUGUUUGUGGACCUCCCUGACCUGAUAAUUGACUUGGAUCACGGUGGUCGAGGAAGUGAAUUUGAUUACUCGACGCGUUGGCUUGUAAACGAAGCCGACCAACUCGACUCGGCUUUCCAGCUCGCAGAGCCUUUCCAGUGGGAGUCAGUUCCCUACUAACUUGUUAGUUUCUUCUUCUGUUUCUCUCUCUCUCUCUUGUGUUGUUUGUUUUGUCUUUUUCUUUGUUUUUUUUUCUCCCUGGUGGCACACUCGCACCCUGAUGUUGGACACAAAUUACACAGCUCUUUUCGUUUCUGAGAAAGGUUGUUAGAGGAGCAAUCAGGGAGAUGAAUAAAAAUGAGUGCAUAGAGUUGGAAUUUCUGAGAAGUGCUGUAUAUAAUUGAGUUCCAACUCCAUCACUUGAAUAAAAGUGUGUACGUUUUUUUAUUUUUUUUUUUUUAGCACUUGAAUAA